UGCCCACUAGCGAGAACAUUCAGUUCUCUCGACUCGACCCGCGGGCAAACACUCUCGCACACGGCGCCAGCAGCGAGAGGGAGCGAGUUUGCCUCACACAAGCCCAGUUCUCGUUCCACAGGGCCGGACGCUGCUGGAUGAGUCGCUCUCGCAUUAGUAGCAGCUCGGUUCCGAAAAAGAAAUCCGCUCCCUGAUGUGAGCUUCAGCACCAGCAUCCUUUCACCUCGUCGUGUUCGCCACAAGUUUUAAGUCUUCGACGGGUUCAUCGCGACGGGCGGCGGAAGUCGUGACUUCUUGACUUUCGAGUCGUAAAUCCGAAAUAUCUGUUGACUCGGAGAUGCCUGAGGACGUCGGCACAGCCAAGCCCGGAGGCGUGAUUGCCUACAUUUCCUCCGGCUCUGCCUCCAGCCCGGAGUCCCUUAUGACCACCAGUACCAGCCGUGGCUACCUGUCCACAUCGCCCGCUCUGUCCCGCCCCUCGCUGCCCAGCAGGGCUGUGGGCAUGGUGGUGGACAUCGCUCCGCCGGCCAAGAGCGGCCACCCGCGCGGCCAUGGCACGGAGAAGGCCGGGCGCUCCUCCACGUCUGCCAAGAGCAGCAUCACCAAAAUCAACGGCAUGGUGCUGUUGUGCAAGGUGUGCGGGGACGUGGCCUCGGGCUUCCACUACGGCGUGCACGCUUGUGAGGGUUGCAAGGGCUUUUUCAGGAGAAGCAUCCAGCAGAACAUCCAGUACAAGAAGUGUCUUAAGAUGGAGAACUGCACCAUCAUGAGGAUCAACAGGAACCGCUGCCAGCAGUGUCGCUUCAAGAAGUGUCUGGCUGUUGGCAUGUCCAGAGAUGCUGUGCGAUUUGGCCGCAUCCCAAAGAGGGAAAAGCAAAGGAUGCUGCUGGAGAUGCAGAACGCCAUGAACAAUAUGAUGAACAACAACAGCCAGCUGCACAGCAUGCUGCACGGGCACCAGAGCCCCCCGCUGCCCAUGGAGGCCAUGACCAGCGACGCCAGCUCCUCCUCUUCCUCCUCUUCCUCCUCUUCUUCUGCUUCCGACUCACCGUCGUGCUCCAACCCCUCGUCGCCGCAGUGCCCCCAGGACUCGGAGUCUGUGGUGUCCAUGGACACCAACUCCAGCUCCGCCUCCUCGUGCGCGUCCGACAGCGGCGAGGACGAGGCCGUCGUCGCGACAAGCAGACAGCACCAACAUGCCUUAGCGUUCAGCCAGCAGAGGUCACAGAAACAAGGCCAGGUAUCGGCUUCUGCCGUCACCGUCGCCCUGGAGACUCGGUGUGAGCGCCGCAUGGAGGGACAACAGGAGAGCUGGAACUUGUGGAACAACAAUGCAUUGGUGGGAGGUUACCAGCACGGUGCUUACAGUGACAGCCAACGUGUCACCAACACUGCUUAUAUGCAGGAGAGGGGAGUUUACCAGGAGCUGCCUCAGCAGCAGCAUCACCACAACAGCGCCCCUAGCUGUGCACCAUCAGAAGACAGCCAAAGACAGCAUGAAUUUAACACACAAUCUGCCUCAAGUGGUUACAGUGGACCAACCAGCUGUGUGAAUAAUAGAGCACACUUGGUCUGCCCCAUGAACACCUCGCCCUACGUGGACACCCACAAGCCCAGCCAGGAGGUCUGGGAGGAAUUCUCCAUGAGCUUCACCCCUGCCGUGCGGGAGGUUGUCGAGUUCGCCAAGAAGAUCCCAGGCUUCCGCGAACUCCCUGAGCAUGAUCAAGUCAGCCUCCUGAAGGCCGGAACCUUCGAGGUGCUGAUGGUCCGAUUUGCGUCUCUGUUCAACGUGGUCGAGCGGACGGUGACCUUCCUGGGUGGCAAGCGCUACAGCCUGGACACGCUGCGCUCAUUGGGCGCCGGCGAGCUGCUCAACUCCAUGUGCGAGUUCAGCGAGAAGCUGGCGGCACUGCGGCUCGACGCAGACGAAAUGAGCCUCUUCACCGCCGUGGUGCUCGUCUCCGCCGAUCGCUCCGGGAUCCAGGACCUGAACUUGGUGGAGGCCCUGCAGGACAAGUUGAUCCGGGCUCUGCGGAAUCUGGUUAUUAAGAACCACGGCGACGAGGCGUCCACCACAUUCACCAAACUGCUGCUCAAGCUUCCCGAGCUGCGUUCACUCAACAACAUGCACUCGGAGGAACUACUGUCCUUCAAAGUGCACCCCUGAAAGCUUCCUGAGGGGGCGAACCUCUGCCCUCAACCUUCUCCACGCACCUCCACCAGGAUCUGCCUCUCAGCGACCCUCCCCCCACCCGCCUCGCCCUCUGUAUUCCUCCAACCUCAGUUGCGUGUUUGUUUCUAGAAUGUAUUGAAAGUUGUUUUUUUUAUUCUAUUUUUGUUAAGUAGGCCGUGUGGGGUCUGAAGAGAGAAGAAAAAACGUACUGUAUUUAUAGAAGACAUAGCUUCUGCUUGUUGCACACAAACACAUGCAAGUGCACGUGUGACACAAGUUCUUAGUUUUGCAAAGUUGGGGUGACUUUUCUAUUUUCAACCGACAGAAGAGAACUGGCUUUAAGAAAUGAUAAAAUAGAAACUAAUUGGUCAAUAUGAUCUUUUUUUUCGAGAAAUUUUGUUUCCUCCAAAAGCCAUUUAAUUCCAAAGUGUAUUCUCUGAUGAGGGGGUGAAUGUGAGAAUCAAUAUAUGUAUAGCGCAUGUUUGUUUGGUCCAAUAUUUUGACUGAUACAUGCCGGCAAGAAAGGCAAGCUUACCAGUAGACAUAUCAAAGAAUGUGUGACGACCGCUGCUAAUGCAUGGCUGUACUUAAUGCGAACAAUUUAUGACUUUUUUCCCCGGAUCUUUUCCCCUCGCCUCCGAAAAGCAUCAGUUCGUUGUUUCAGUGUAAAUAGUGUUGUAUGUUUUCUUUUCUUUGAAUUUUUUUUUCUAUGUGUUCAUGUCAACUGCCUGUACACUGAUUUUUCUGGGGGAGUUGAUGACGGCACUUUUCAGUGUCACUACAUUUGCACAAGCUCUUGAGCAGAAACCCACGUAACACAAACUCCACAGGACAGUGGACGCUGCGUCAUGUAAAGCUCUGUGUAAAUGUAAUCGCACCCAAGUGUUUUUGCUGUUUUCCCAAUUUCUGUUUUUGGUUUUUUAUCUGACUUUGUGUGCUUUCAACAUAGCACUGAAUUUGACACUUGCUUUUGUCAUCCAUUUUGUUGAAAUAUCUGUUUCUUCUACUGGCAACACUGCCAUAUGUAAAUAGCUAUAUAAAUAUAUAAAUAUAUAUAUAAAUAUCUGAUGAACAUAGAAUAUAAAUAAUGCUAUAGUAUGAAUAAAUUUAAGUGAAGAGUA